AUGAGAUCCCUCUUCACAGUCACGGCCCUCGCCACAACCGCGCUCGCCGCCUCCCGCACAUCCGCGCCCGACGGCUGCCUCACCGUCGCCGCCGACGGCACUGGCGACCACACCACCGUCCAGGCUGCCGUCGACGCCCUGUCCGAGGACGACCCGGACCCGCAGUGCAUCUUCAUCGCGCCCGGCACCUACAACGAGCAGGUCCUCGUCGCGGACCGCGCCGCCGCCCGCUUCACCAUCUACGGCCACACCGAGGACGACACCACGUUCGCCGGCAACACUGUCACCAUCACGUACGACCUCUCCCAGGCUGAUGGGCUGAACAAUGACCAGACGGCCACCCUGCGCGUCAAGACGCCCAAUUUUCGUCUCUACAACGUGCAUGUCGCCAAUACAUAUGGCGAGGGUUCGCAGGCUGUUGCUCUGAGCGCCCAAAGCGAUUCAGGCUACUACGGGUCCAUCUUCACCGGGUUUCAGGAUACCGUGCUCGCCAACGAGGGCAAGCAGAUCUACCUCGACACCCAGAUCCUCGGGGCCACCGACUUUAUCUUUGGCCAGAGGGCGGCCGCCUGGUUUGAGCGCGUCGACAUUCGCGUCGUCGAAAAGUCCCUUGGGUACAUCACCGCCAACGGUCGUGAUAGCCCCGACGGCAUGUCCUACUACGUCUUUGACCAGUCCACCAUCUCGGCCGCAGAAGGGGACAAUGUCCCUGAUGGUGCUUACUACCUUGGUCGUCCGUGGCGUCCGUACUCUCGUGUCGUGUUCCAGAACACAGACAUGAGUGAAGUGAUCAACGCGGAUGGCUGGCAUGACUGGAACGGCGCCUCGCCAGACAAUGUGGAGUAUGCCGAGUAUGGGAACACCGGGCCUGGGGCUGCCGGACCGAGAGUGAGUUGGGCAGACCAGCUGGACGCUCCUGUGACCAUUGGUGAGGUGCUCGGUGCGUACAAGUGCGCGGGAUGGUUCGACGCGAGCUACUACGCAGGGCAAGGGGCGGAUGUUGGCGCUUCAUGA